AUGCCCACUCUUCUGCCAGGGACCGGGAAGGAGGCCGCCAGGCCGCCCAGCUUCCGGGAUGUGUCGUCAUCUUCACCGCAACCUCCCACACUGCAGCAAUUUGUCAUUGAGAAGCAAGGCAGAAUUGAUCAGUCCCUCUGGCACACCCGUGUCCUCACCAUCGACACUGCGCACGGCCGACUGUACCUCAGCAAGGCCCACAAGGCCGAAAAGCUCGACCACCGUUGCAUGAACCGCAUCGACUCAGUGGAGCUAUGGCCGACAUUCAACUCGGAUAGCAUACCCGAGCAUUUCGGCAGUGAGCUGGCCAGGCGGACGGUCUGUCUGAGAGGGCUGGUGGGUAUCCAAACCCAGUCGUUUUUCAUGAGGUUGUUCAGAGGCAGCGCGGCGCGAAGGAACGAGGCAGCGUUGGUAACUGCCAACAUGGCCGAGACCGGUGCCUCUGCUUCCCGAGCCCAGCCACACCAUAUGGGUUCAGACGGCCAUCGGGAGAACAUCGAGGCAUCCGUGCUAUGUCCCGUCAGCAGCUAUGUGAGUUUCGAGGUAGAGAUUUGGUUGAUCCGCUGCAUGACUCUGCAAGACCUACAUGAAAUGGCUGACGCCUUUCGCGCCACGAUUCCGGAGGCGUCGUCUGUGUUGAAAGGCUAUCAAGCACUGAUGCAGAGUUUGGCGGGCUUGGACUGA